GAAAUGCCUACAGAGAAUGCCUGGGCAAUGGGACAUGGGCUUCCAAGAUAAACUACUCUCAGUGCGAGCCUAUUCUGGACGACAAGAGGAAGUAUGCGCUCCAUUACAAGAUUGCUCUCAUCAUAAACUACCUGGGGCACUGUAUAUCAGUAGGGGCCCUUAUAGUUGCCUUUAUGCUUUUCUUGUGCUUGAGGAGUAUCAGAUGCCUGCGGAAUAUUAUCCACUGGAACUUGAUCACUACAUUCAUCCUGAGGAACGUGAUGUGGUUUCUGCUUCAAAUGAUAGAUCACAACAUACACGAAAGCAAUGAACCCUGGUGUCGAUGUAUUACCACUGUCUACAAUUACUUUGUGGUGACCAACUUCUUCUGGAUGUUUGUGGAAGGCUGCUACUUACACACUGCUAUAGUGAUGACUUACUCAACAGAUAAGCUACGGAAAUGGGUCUUUCUCUUCAUAGGAUGGUGUAUUCCUUGCCCAAUCAUCGUUGCCUGGGCCAUUGGCAAACUGUAUUAUGAAAAUGAACAAUGCUGGUUUGGAAAAGAGCCAGGGAAAUAUAUCGACUACAUAUAUCAAGGGCCAGUGAUUCUUGUUCUUCUG